AUGACUCCAGAAGAAGCGGGAAGGCUGGAGAAGCAGCUUCGGCGCUACAACACUGCGUUCGAUGACAAUGUAGACCAAUACUGUCCGGCUCUCGUACGCACCAAGAAGGGUACAGUGGCGAAGCGCCAGCCGCAAGUGCGAAAUAUGGGAACAGACUACUGGAAAGGACAAUGCUCAUCUCGCGGUCUCCGAACCACAGGGAAGAUCGAAGACCUCAAGGAUCUGAUCCGCGGUCGUGAUCGAAGCAAAGACGUCACGAUCAAGCAGGAAAUCGACAACAUCCAGCAGACUCUGGACGCCUACCGUAAGCAGAAGGAGAAGGAAGAUUUCGAGCGGUGGUGGAAAGACCCAUCCGUCAGACUCGAGCUGAAAAUUGAUUCCGACGCGGAGCGCGCGCUAACAGAGCUGCUUGAAAAGGAGCCUGCAGUGCGAAGCUCAUGCUUGGUCAUCCAGACAAGAUCAAACGCUCUCAAGUAUUGGGCCGAGCAAUACAAGCUUGCUUGUCAGAUUGUAGAGCCUCCUGAGAGUAUGCUGCAAAGCUCGUACGGCUUCUGGGGUCAUUGGACUGUCAUUGGUAGGCCGGACCUCGUACAGCAGCAGGUGGAGAAGCUGUCGCAGCAAUGCAACGCCGAGAAGAAGGAGGCCAAAGCCAGGUUCGAUCGAGCCGAUAAACAAGAAAGGAUCAGAGCUGCUCAAGCUGAAGAACAGAAGCGACAGCAGCUGCGCGCAAGACGAGCUGUGCUGCUACGAGAAGCGGCGGAACUCGCUGAUUGGGACAUCACAGGGUCGUGGACCGUCGAGUGCGAUGUCUUGGCGACGCACAUGAGCGAAGUACCUGCCGAGCUUACAAUGAACAUUUUUCGGGAUGACUUCCGCUUGAGGGAUCCGCGGGAUCUGAAUGGCAGGAACGCAGACGAUGAGUACGAGCACCGAUACGAUUUCGAAGACGAGGACGAGGCCGAGAACGAGAAUGCCGAUGGAAGUUCUGACGAUGAAGAGAAGACCAUGGACGAGCCUCAGAUGCCAAGAUACUGCGCUGAGUUCAACUUCGACAUCGUAGAAGGUGUCAUGCGGAUCUACCCUUCAGUAGAAGCUAGGAGGUCACCAUCCGCCUUCGAGGUCAAGCGUCAGCCAUCAUUCAAAUGA